UCUCUCGUCUUUUAUUUCACGUCCCUUCUCAUCACUUCCAGCUCUUUUGGUCCACUGAACAACAUGCCCAAAUUGACGCCGACCGUCCCAGACCGUGCUCAAGCAGCUAAUCGGAUGAUUCUACGUCCUAGGAGGACCAAGGACGAUAGCAGCGUUGACACUGCUCCCAAGAUGUUCCAAGACACUGUAUUCUCGAUGCCGGAGCUUGUUCACUUAAUCACCGACCACCUGGCAAGGCGCGAUCUCACGGCCCUCAUCCGUGUCAACCCGGCCCUCAAGAACCUGGAGGACUUUUACUGGUGCGUCAAUGCCGACGUCCACAUCGACGCUAUUCUUUUGGUGCUCAGAGAUUGCCGUCAACUCAGGUCAUUGAUUCUGGAAAGACUCGUCAUAGUAGAGGAUUUUAAGGACGCCCGCAACGAGCAGGAGCCCGAGAAGGAGAUGGAAGAGCGCACUGGGUUGAUCAGGGUGGAUGACGAAGGUUGGAUGAACACAUCGCUUCGGUCGUUGACCUUGAACACUGUGACAUGGGGCUCUAAGGAUUCGAACACUACGCAUCCUCACUUUCUUCGUCUUUUUCAGCACCUUCCCAAUCUCGAAUGCCUUAAGCUCAAACAGAGGAGCAAUGUCACCGCUCAGGACUGGAGUGAUAUCUUCGAAGAUCGAGCCACCCUGCAGAGAACCAUGCCAGAGUCCCAUGCUACGGCUAUCAAUCUCGACCAUUGCACUGGAAGCAGCGUCAGGGAUGACACCUCAGCUAUGGGUGUGGCGGUGGCGGUGGUGCAUGAAGACCAGGCUCUCACACAAUUGACAUGUAUGCCUCGAUCAGUACAUGUAUCGCCAGGAAUAUCACACAGUCUGGUUACCUUUGACAUUGAAGGAUGUUUGGAAUUUAACAGCACCAGUGCUUCUAUACUUCUGGAGAACUGCACGAUCUUGCGCAAAUUGAACCUGUUGGGCACGAUGGCGGGGACAAUCGAGCUCUUAAAGGGGAGUAAACCAUGGCCAUGCGCCAACGUGCUCGAGAACCUGUGUAUGGAUAUCCAGCCACUCGAAUAUCAACCUCUGCCGUAUGGAGGGCCCCGGCAUCCGCUCAGGCUGUACACGUUCGGGGAAAUGCAGUCAAUUCGAGGACGGCUGUGUUUUUCCACAUCCCUAGUUCGUCUAAAACUCCGGGACGAAGCAUUAACGCUUGAUAUGAUCCAGGAUUUUUCGUUUGCGCCAAACCUUUGGGUAAUGCACCUAGGGUUCCCAAUGAGCGUGAACAACAUCGAUACACUUCAAGAGGUGGCUCUCAAGUACGGCCAAGUCCUGUUCCCGAACUGGAUUGUGUCGUCUGAUAUCACUUACUCCUCCUGGCGUCCAGCCGUCGCGGUUACAGCUUAUCUCGAUGAAGAGAGUUUUAUGUUCCGAUGGCCAUGA